AUGGGCGCCCGGGCCGCGCACAGUGUGGCCCCGCCUCCGCCAGGGAAACUUGAAGCAGGAGAAAAGUUUGUACAGAGGCUGGAAGGGCAAGAGCGGAGCUCCAAACAGGCAGCGCGAGAGGAAGAUGAACGGCCCCAGGUCAGAGCCUCAGGCCGAGUGGACCUCAAGCCGCCCCCAGGGCGCCAAAAGCGGCCUCAGCUGCAGCCGCCAGCCCCGGUAGCCGCCCGCGCUGCCUUGGGCUGGGAAGGAAGGCGGCCCGAGCCGGGGAUCGAGGCUCGGUGCCACCUGCGCGCGCGGCAGUACACCUGA